AUGGAAGUAUGCAAGAAACAUGACAAUGUGUACAUUUCAGGUGCUAAUCUGGACAGCUCUUUCAGAAAGUCAGGACCAAUUACGGAUGUUAAGUUUGAAAAGUCGUCUGUUAUGCUGAUGGAACCUCACACAAGAGGACAAACUGAUGAGCUGGGAGUUCCCCAGAGGUUAAUGCCCUACCGUCAGUCAUGUGCUACUGUCAAUCUGAAGUACAACGCAUCAGAGUUUUAUCUUGAAGACUGUAAAGAUGAUUCUGGUUUGUAUGAUGUUACUAUCGAGGUGGAAAGGCUUUGUCAACCACAACCUGUUCCACCCACUUCCAAAAAGCAAGUUAAUUGCUAA